UGACGCCCAGAGGUUGGUUUUAGCUUAUUGUCGCUAACGUUAGCACCAAGAGCGGCGUUAGCUCACUUGUCCUGACUUUUAACCGUGUUUCGACUUCAGGACAAUGUCUAGAAAGAAACAGAAAGAGAAAACAGACAGGGCGCAUGCUGAGGACGAGGCUAAAACUACAGGACAGACUCCAAAUGAAAAAUUGCCAGCUCAGACCUUCGAUGAAUAUCAGUGCUCAGGCAAUGUGGAGAUUGACUUCCCUGGGCUUUGUGCUCUUCUGGACAUGAAGGAUAUCCCAGAUGUCAGCACCAGGCAACCGGCCUCCUCCACCACUGAAACUGAAGGAGGAGACACGGAGGACAGCCAGUCACAGAUAAAUGCUGCACCUUUCUGGUCUAAGCCAUGCCUCCAAGUGGAGCUGGAGAAUGAAGACCCCCUCAGCGCCAAUAAGCUGAAGGUUUCUGGAUGGAAGGUAGAUGAGCAGAUUGCCAGAGUGCUGCAGAAGAUGCUUCUCUCCCUGAGUAAGCUACAGAGUCUUCAGUUUUGGCAGGCGGGACUGACAGAUCAAAUGGUAAUCUCCUUCAUGAACGCAGUAUCACUGUGCUCCAACCUCAGUACAGUGAUAUUGGAGGGCAACCCUCUUCCAGAACAGAGCUACCACUGUCUUCUCUCAGAAGACAGCACCCUCACUCACUUGUCCCUGCGAAAUAACCGGAUAGGAGACGAGGGCGCUCGUUUAAUUGGCUCGGCUCUCUCAACAGCCAGAUCUACCAACAAGAACCUCUUAUCACUCAACCUGGCAUUCAACUCUAUUGGCGAUGCGGGUGCUAUGCAUAUUGCGCAGGGUCUGCGGCUGAAUCGUGCUUUGCUCUUUCUCUCGCUGUUCAACAAUCAGAUUGGAGACGUAGGAGCUGCUCAUCUGGCUGCGAUACUUGGUGAGUUUGCUCUAACUCAAGAAGAAGUUGUGGAGAGGAGGAAGCUGCUUCUGGAAAGAACGCAGUCUUCAUCUUUUCAGGUCGAUCCUGAACUGUCUCCUGCUGGCCAGCUCCCUUCAGUACCCAGCAGCACAUCACUGAGCAAAGGGGAGAACAAAGGGAAAAAAAAGGAAGCGUCGAAAAAAGAUGAGAAACCAGCUGCCCAAAAAGAGAACCCAAAGUCUAACAAGAAAUCUGCAGAUAUAAAAGGGCUUCAAAAUAAAGGUGGCAAGCUGGGGAGCAAAGAGAAACUGUCUGCACAGGAGGAUAAAUUAAGCUCUGCUCUGAAUGAGGUCGAGGUGGUGGAGAUAGUGAACCCCCUGCUGGACCAGUCGGUGCAGCACAGGGACGGUGAGCUUAUUCUGCCCGGAAACAGGACUUUGACCUCCCUAAACUUGGCAGGAAACAGGAUUACAGAGAAGUCUCUGCCUCUGUUCCUGACAUCACUAGAGAUGCAGGGUGAGGGAGGAGGCCUGCUGCGUCUCUGUCUGCAGAGAAACCGCUUCUCACCGGAGUGUGAGACUUAUCUGAAGAUAAAGGAACUGAUGACACUCGCAGACCCGCUCGAAAAACACGCCCCUGAGCAGACAGAAGAGGAAGGUCAGGGGGCAUAGUGCUGAGAGAACUGACACCAACUUCUCCAGACUUAUACUGAAUGCUUUUAAUUUGGUUUAUAACA